AUGAUUGACACCUUCAUUAUCACCAUUUGUGCGUUUCUUUCCAUUCUCCUCCAUGCUGUGUGGAGAACAUUAGUGCCGGAGCCAGCUGGUGUGGCAGUACCAUACAAGGCGAGAGGCCGUACUUUUAGGGAACUCAUGGAGGAGUUGAGCCCCAGACAAGUGGCUGAGAAACAACUGAAGCGUCAGUUCCUGGAGGCCCUGCAGGCCAACAACGCCCAGGAGGUCCUGCGGAUUCUGCACACCAGGAAACUAGAUAUUGACACAGUGCUGGAGGUGGAGGACCCCAGCAUGAUGCUGGCCUCAUAUAAACAAGGUUAUUGGCUCCCAGGUUAUAAACUGGAGAAGUCCUGGGCGAUGGGUAUUCAUGUAUGUGUGAUGUACAAUGCUGUGGAAACAGCACUGGUUCUCCUUCAGGAAGGUGCAGCCAUCAACCGGAUGCCCAAUGGGAAGACGCCACUCCAUGUGGCCUGUGAGGCCUCAAACAGCGACUGCGUCGCCCUGCUUUUAGCUCACAGGGCAAAAGUCAACAGCCUGUCGCUGAGCGGACACACAGCGCUACACUACUGCAUCACCAAGGAGUCUGUGAACUGUGCCAAGCAGCUAAUCCUCAGAGGUGCAAAAGUCAAUGAGCCUGGCAAUAACAAUGAGGAGGAGACGCCUUUACACACUGCAGCCAGAUUUGGCAUCCCAGAGCUGGUGGCUCUCUACUUGGCCCAUGGAGCAUCUGUGAAUGCAGUCAACUCUCUUCAGGAGACCCCACUGAUAACUGCGUGCUUCUGGGCUUUUGAUACCAAAGAGCAAGUCUACAGCCAAGAUCACCAUCUUGUCUGUCGCCUCCUGCUGGACCACCAUGCAGAUCCCAACCUCCAAGAAGAGGACAAUAAAACAGCUCUUCACAAGGCAGCCUGGAACUGUGAUCACGUCCUGAUGCAGAUACUGUUGGAGGCUGGAGCAGACUCACGAGCUAUGGACAUCAAUGGCUGUGCCCCCAUUCAAUAUCUCCUCAAAGUGACUGAUGUCAGGCCUAUGGCCAUACCUGAGCUCUGCUAUCAGCUGCUACUCAACCACAACGCAGCACGAAUCUACCCACCCCAGUUCCACAAGGUGUUGCAGACCUGCAAUGACUACCCCAGAGCAGUGGAAGUCAUGGUCAACUCUUACGAACAUUUAAAGUCCACAAAGAAGUGGAGAGCUGCCAUUCCUGAUGACUGCUAUGAGCGACAUAAAGACUUCUACGACUCUUUGUUCGCUGUUUGCACCAACACUCCUCGCAGCCUGUUUCACCUGACCAGAUGUGCCAUCAGGGCAGCCCUGGGUCAAUCCUGCUAUAGAGGUGUAAGACAGCUGCCUCUGCCACAUCCCAUGAAGAAAUAUUUACUACUGGAACCUGAGGGGGUACUGUACUGAUAAGGACACUUUUUAUCUUUUUCUUUUUUUUUUUUCAUAAAAUCCAACUGUUGUGUGGGACAAUACUCAGCCUGUCAACCUGAAUAUUUUCAGAGAAACAUUCACUUUCUGUCUGCAGAGAGUGGGAAAUGCUGCUAGUUGGAGUUGGUACUAACAAUUUUUGCUUAACAUUCCUAGAGGCCUUUGUCUGGAACAUAAAUCCCUCUGUGUGUUUGAAAAAAGAUACAGAAAAAAACUACAUGAAAGUUGUCUUUGCUAGAGUUAAGCUAUAAUCACAUGACUUCCUAUAACGUCAUAGAUAGUGUGUUAACCAUCGGGAUACAGGAAAUCUCCUCUCCCCCUUAUAUAUAAAUACAUGUGCAUAUGUCCCCUAUAAAAAUUGGCAGGGGACUUUUACUUUGACAGAUUUAAGGACAUUUACACAAUGAAUUGAAACAAAAUGGUGACAGCAUGCAAACACAAAUUGGUGCAUAAAAAUCACCAGAAUGGAGGAAAUGAUGUGUUUGACACUCGAUUUUUAUUUUGUGCAGGACCUCAAACCCCUUCUUUAUAUGUGUCAACCCCCACUAUUGUAACAAAAUCUUCGCCCUUGAAACUGAUUUAUAAGGCAGUUUAAGGCUGGUAGGUAUGGAAAUAUUGACUAUUUAAACAGAAAUAUACAAACAUUUGAGGGGCAGGUGAUAAAAUAGCAAUUUACUGAGGAAAAUUGCUGUGCUAAUUACAAAAAUAAUAAUCAUUCAUUGUGAUUGACAAGUGAGAAUAUUUGCCUGCUGUGUCUUUUACCUUCCCCAGAGGCCUUUAUGUCUCUUUAAACUGACAUAAGUGUCAGGAAAGACAAUAAACCUUUUACUUGUCUCUCUAUCACAGUGCUGUCUCAUACUUCAGAGGAUCCAGAUCUACCUGGCAACCUGCCUUCACACUCACCCUUAGGCUCAUGCUGUUGUGAUGCCUCACUAUUUGCAGAGCAAACACUUGACAAAGCCCUCCACAACAAGUGCUUUUUUUCCCCAGUGGACUGCACAUGAAGCAAUGUACACAACUACAUGCAACACUUUUUUGUUGGCCCAAAAUAUAAUAAAGUUUUGCAAGAAUGUCCACCUUAAAGAGACAGUUCAACCUAAACUCAAAAA